GCUUGAGCCCCAGCUCUGCGUCCAUGCACGAUUGAAUAGCCUUAAGACUGGUAAUUUGCACGGAUGUCCAGUACGUUGCAGCAUCAAUGGGCGAAGGAUAGACUGCUGUGAUCACUGCUGAGCAAGCACCAUGCGACGCAGCACGCUGCUCCUGCUCGCAGGCGUGCAGGUCACGGCCUUCGUCACGCCGGGACCGCGGCGGGUGCGCUAUCGAUGCAACUUCCCGCGAAGGACGAAGGACGACGACGCGAUCACCGAGACGCCCUUCGCGGCCGCCCCGGAGCUCGGUAUUUUGGCGCGCGCGGCUGUUGUGGGAGUCGCCACGGGGACCUGCGUCACGGCCUUCAAGCUGAGCAUAGACGCCGUCGACACGACGGCGUACAACGCGUACCUGAGCUCGGUCUUUUCCGCGGGCGGCGCGCUCGCGGCCUCGCCGGCGGGCAGCGCGGCGGUCUACGCAUCCAUCCCGGCGCUCGGCGGGUUAGGUGUUGGACUGUUAAGGUGCAUCACGCCGGACUUUGAUAGGCCGCCGUCGAACACGACGUUCGCCGGCGCCUUGUCGCAGGCCGCGGCGGCCGUCGCGACGCUGGGCACGGGCAACUCGCUGGGGCCCGAGGGGCCCGCCGUGCGGCUGGGCGCCACGGUCGCGGCUCGCGCGUCGGGGACCAUCCGGGGCGACAAGUACCGAGGAAGGAUCCAAAAAGUGCUCACGGGCGCGGGCGAGGCCGCGGGCGUCGCCGCGGGCUUCUCGGCGCCCAUCGCGGGCAUUUUUUAUGCCCUCGAAGUGUCUUCGAGGGACGAUCGUUCCGCGGACGGCGCCCUUGUCUUGCCGAGAGCGGCGGUGGCGGCGACGGCGGUCUCAUCAGUCUUGGCUGCUCUCGUAGUGGAGCAGGCGGGGCCGAGCGUGCAGUUGAGGCUGCCGUCGCCGGAUUAUGGUGGGAUUUCCCUGGCCGCUCUGGGGUUGGAAUUGCCUUUGUAUCUGGGCCUCGGCGCGUUGUGCGGCUUAGUUGCUUUAGCAUUGCAGAACGCUAUUACCUAUUCGGAGGAGGUGUGGAAUGAAAACGGUGCCAUCGGGAGUGUCGUACCGGAAAGACUGCGGCCGGCGGCGUGCGGCGCGUUAGCGGGUGCGUUAGGCGUCUACUGCCAGCCCGUCCUCUUCAACGGCUACGCGACUUUGAAUUCUAUAUUACAAGACCAGGGCGGCGACGCCGCCACUCUCUUAACCUACACGCUGUUGAAGAUUAUAGCGACGGCGGCGGCGGUCGGCGCGGGCUUAGUGGGAGGCUUGUUCGCGCCGUCGCUCUUCCUGGGCGCGACGGCCGGCUCGGCCUACGCGCAGAUCGCCUCGCAGCUCACGGAACUCAUCGGUGUGGACCCGAAUUUUUUGACGACGCCGGCCUGCGCGACGGUCGGCGCCGCUUCUGUUUUAGCGGCCGUGUUUCGCGCGCCGCUGACCGCAGCCAUGCUCCUGUUCGAGCUGACGCGCGACUAUGACGUCGUGCUGCCGCUCGUGGCGUCGGCGGGCGUUGCUGCUUUAGUUGUGGAACUCAACGGUAGACCAAGGUAAAUAUACAGAGAAU